AUGUCGAGCGAAAUCAAAGAAACAGCAAAUAUUUGUCGAAAUAAAAUAAAAUGUAUUUUAAGUGAAGCUAAACAUGAAUUAUUUCCUGAUUCUUUUCACGAUAAACCAGAAGGUGAAGAUAAUCAAGAUAGUAGCAGUGGAAGUAAACCAAAUGAGGAUGAUAUUAAUGUUGAUGAAGAUCAACAAAAAGCAUGUAUCAAAUAUAAUUCUACAGCAUCAAAUCGAAAAACAAAUGUUGUUUUCUUCAUUUCAUAA